AUGGAGAAUCACAACUCCGCAGCCUUGGAAGAAGGCGAGCGCCUGGGGCUUCCCGUCGAGGUGGCAUCAGUGAGCCCGGGAAAUGCUCCGCAUGCCACCAACCAGGCGGAAGAUGCGGAGGCUAAGCUGCGAGAAGCGAUGGACGGAAACGACUCCGCAGCCCUGGAAGACGCCGUCAGAGAAUGCGAGCGCGUGGGGCUACCGGACGAGGUCCUCUUGGAAGCUUACGAAGUCAUGCCGCGAGUGGAGGCGGCGCAGAGCCUCGUGAAGGCGAUGGGCGGCCGCGACCUGCAAGCGCUCCAGAAGGCCCUUGAAAAGGCCAAAGAGCUGAAGGUGAACAGCAAGGUUCUCGUCGCUGGACACCGUGCUAUGCGGGUCAUCCAGAAAGAUGCCGGAGGAGGUGACCAGGGCUAUGUCGGACCGACGUUGAAGGAGGCUUUGCCAGACGGUACAGAUGCCGUGCCCGGCAUGUUCUCGGCGCGUUUUGAUGGUGGCGAGAUGGAACGGAAGUUUCGGCGAAUCCACAGGAUGCUGCAGGACCACAACUUUCCAGUGCGGAUGGUCGCAGCUGGAGGUGGUGACGAUUUUGGCAGAUCUACAAUGAAGUAUUUGAACGAGCUUGAGGAGAAGGGUGGCGUGCUGAUUUGUGUUUGCACGGAACAUUAUGCUGAGAAGACCAAGUCACCCUUCAGCUCUUUCAAUGAGUUAGAGUAUGCACAAGACUACAGUCUGGAUGUUCUGCCGCUGAAAGUGGCAGAUGUUUAUCCCCCACGACCGCCAAGCGGUCCACAGCAUCCGCACGACAAGGACGGCGAAGCACGGUCCGUGAUCAAGAUGGUCUUCAGACCCAACGUCACGUUCACGGACUGCUGUCAGCUAGACGAGAUGGCGAUUGCGCGAGUGAUCGCAGACAAAUUGCUGAAGAAGGGGCAGAGCCUCGCCUUGAGAUGUUACUGCAAAUUGGCGACGACCGGUGUUAUCGGUAACAAAAUCCCCACCCCGAUAAUAUAG